AUGGCCAUCCGCGAUGGGGGAAUUCACACCCACUCCAAAGGAGAUGCAGCGCUGGCAAUGGACGAUUUAUUCUUGGGGAAACCUGGGAAUAAGCAUGAUGUUGUCGAUGAUCUGCUCGAAAAGCAAGACUCUCUCAAGCGCGACGUCAUGCAAUUGCGGGGACAAGUAGAGUUUUUGCAACAAUUCAUCGGGGCUGCAAGCAGCUUAGCUGCAUCUGGCAUGGAGAACGUGGACCCUGGAGGUAAUCGAAACAUCUGCAAGCCCCAAUAUGGAUCUGACACGAAAGGGUUGAUGGAAUACUUCACGAGCAAUCCAACGGCCCAGAAUAUACGGAUCGAAUCCCGAGCAAGUGUGGUGUAUCCAGGAAUCACUGUGUGUCCCGGGGUUUCGUUGAAUUAUACAGCACUAAAUCUCCAUAAUGUGGAUUCCCUUUCAUACUACACUUGGUGGGAAUUGGAGGGAUUCUUAAACAUGAGCUCCUUGGAAGCGCUCAAUUUCCUCACUAUGAAGGACUUUUCUAACAUCGUGGAAAGCUGCCAUAUCUUUCCCCCUCCGUCCGGUAUAUUGAAAUGUGGUGCCGGCAAUGACUGGACCUGGAUCAAUGGCAGUCGUAUCUACGAAACGGAAGACUUCGAAAAUAACACGAAAGCCUAUUACGAGAUUCACAUAGACUCGGUGGAAGAACCGUUCACGGAAGUGAGGAAUGUCUCAUCCUCGGGGCAGACCUUUUCCCUCACGAAAGGAAGCAAUUACAUCCUCAGUCUCUCUGUGAAGGACUAUGCUUUCUUGCCUUCAGGAAGCAAGUGCAAUGGAGACGAGAACUACGACUACCAGAAGUGUUUGGAAAUGGCACUAACGGAGAAGCUCUUGAAGGAUGCCCCGUGUGUGAAGCCUUCAGUGUUACCAAGCCAACAUGACCAUGCAGACAAAAAGAGCCAGUGCAACACCACCCAGGACGAAGAAGAUUUGAUCUACUUCUACCGCAAUGUCCAAGAUUCUGAUCCUGGAUGUUUAAGAAAAUGCAAGAGAACGACGUAUAACUUGAUCCCAAUACAAGAUGUUGCCGAUGACUUGGAAAGUGGCGUGAUCCAGCUGAGCAUUCCUACCGCCGAACUGGAGAUAGUGGAGGAGCAGGCGCUGACAUCGGUGCCUCAGUUUCUUUCGGACAUCGGAGGAAUGGUCGGACUCUACCUGGGUUUCUCUCUUCUCAGUCUCUACGAAUUCCUGGAAACUCUCAUCUUGUGGUUGAAAUCCCGAUUCUUCACUCUGUUACGCUUCUCCUUCAACUUGUUUAACGGUUUGGUGUCAAUGAUGGUCAGCGAAUCAAAGAAGUGCUGGGAAGAAGAGAGCACGUUGAAACAGGAGGUUCAAGAAUGUGUUGGAACAGUAAUUGAGCAAAUAGUGGUAACCGUGGUUCAAAAGACCAGCAAUCAACAACGGCUCAAGGACACAAAAGAAUUCGUCGCAAGGACGUUCUCGGAUCGGGAAACAGGAACCAGAAUCGUCCCUCCAUGCAGCAAGGCUAUCAAAUCAUCCCUUGUCAGUUUCCUUUACGAGUACGGCAAGGAUAAUAGGGUGCCCAUGUGCAUCGUCUACAGUCGGGGCAUAAAGCAAUUGGUGAAAACUCGAUUUUCUGGAGGGUUGUACGAGAAAUUCCAGAAGGUGGAUGAAGGCGAUCACGAAAUUAUCAUCAUAGAUCGACAUCGGGUUGCUUCUUCAUCAAAGUGUGCUAUAUAG